UACAAUUUGUUCUCGGCUUGUGGAAUAUACUCGUUUCAAACUCUGCUUAUUUUAACAAUAACUCUGUCGGAAUUUGUAAUUAUAAUGGAGCGAGAUUCGAGUGCAAAGUCGCAAUCGGACAAGACGGGUUCCUAUUGCGCUUUGGGUGGCUCUUCGGACACCGAAAACCAGGCAACAACCCACGAUGGUCGGAAGCCAGGAGAAGCCUCAGUGGCAGGGGCAGUGGACGAGAAGGAUGACCCGGAUUCGGAUGAGGAGCUGCGGCAGAUGUUCCAGAACCUAAAUGCCAGCAAGCCCACUCCCUCCUCCCAGUUGAACAUCCAAGGAAAGGAGCUCAACCACUUCACCGAGCGAUCCCUCUUCUCGUUGGGCUUCACUCCGGAGAGUGUUCUGGAGAAGCAGAAGGAGUCGGGGGAGGAGGAACCGGACUCCGGGAAGACCAAUCUGUACGAGGAGCUGCUGCGCAUCGUGAGGGAGCGCAUCCAGCCGGACGCGGUGGUCAGGAUCGGGGAGAGCCAGCACCCCGUGCACCUGAUCGUCCUGCAGUGCUUCUCGCGCACCAUCUGCGAUCUCGGCCAGAAGGCGGUCGUGGAGCUGCCCGAGGAGCAGGUGACGCCGCGCGCCUUCAGCCUCAUCUACGACUGGAUGAUCGAGGAUCGUCCGCUCCUGCCGCGGCUCGGCAUCCUGGAGGUCCUCCAGGCGGCGCGUUACCUCCAAGUCCCCCAGCUGAUCGCUCAGUGCGACUACUGCCUCUCCGCCGGAAUCGCAGAGGACUCCGCCAUGAUGCUCUAUCUGGAGGCGCGCAUCCUGAAGGUGGAGCAGGAGUACCGCCACCUCCUCUCGCGCGUCUCCAAGUUCUUCCUGCCACUGGUGGCCACCAGGGAGUUCCUGCGCCUGCCACUCGCCCCGCUGCUCGUGCUGCUCACCUCGAACCACGUGGGCGUCAACUCGGAGCUGGAGAUCUUCAUGGCGGCCGCCCGCUGGCUGGACUACAAGUGGCCCCAGCGCAAGGAGCACCUCGCCGCGGUGGUGAGUGGCGUUCGCUUCGGCUUGGUUCCUCCUUGGCUGCUCGCCCGCCUCCAGAAGCCGGAUUUGUCGGCCGAGGAGGUGCGCAGGAUCGUGGAGGAGCCGCCGGUGCGGGAGGCCAUCCACGAUGGGAUCGCGUACACCACCACGCGGCUCUACUACGGAGCGGAGCGCGAGGCCUUCGCGGAGCACCUGGCGAGGACCAAGUCCACGGCGCCGGUGCAGCGCACCUGGAUCUACGACCGAAGGUGCCGCCACCACCACCGCCUCCACUGCAAGGUCACCCAGGAGCUGACCUUCGAGGCCUUUGUCGACUAUCUGGAGUUCCUGCAGAGCCAGCCGCGCGACUACUGGCACUCCUUCGAGCCAGUGGAGGCCAGCCACGUCUGCUUUGGAUGCACCAACAAGGAAAAGGAAAAGGCGGAGGCAAAGGAGGAGGAAGCGGAGGCCAACAAACAAACCACCGAGAGACCAUAGAUAAAAACCUGAUUCUGGUUAAAACCCUUUUUAUUUUCUUAUUAAUAAAAUUUGUGUUGCUAUACA